AUGUUCUCAGGAUGUGAUUUGAAUCGGCAGAGACAGACAGUUGAUGUAACUGGAUAUUUAGGAGAGUCUGUAGUUCUGCCCUGCUCCUGUACUGAACCACUGGCUAAACCUGACCAAAUUAAAUGGAAGUUCAUAGAAAACAUUGAUGAAGAAAUUUACCCAUCUGAACACAGUGAACGGUACAAGAACGGACGUAAACUGUUAAAUCAAACCAAUCCAGGAAAUCUCUCUCUACAUCUCUCAUCACUGACCAAAGAAGACCAAGGAGUCUAUCAGUGUUUUGUGUCAUCUAACAACUAUAUCUACAUCAGACUUCAUGUUGAAGAGAAACCACAGGUCCAUACAAUCUAUUCAUCAACAUAUCAACCUUCACAACAAACACAUGAGCUUAAAACAACUCAACAACCAGAAGGCACAUUAACACAUCAACCACAUCAGUAUGUUGUUAUAUUAAUAGCAGUAUUUGUCUCUGUACUGUUAUUGGCAUUACUGGUGAUAUUUAUUAUGCGCUCUGGAAAGCGCUCUGAAAAGCUUGAUUCUGAUUGGCCAGUGGCGACAUUACGAGGAGAUAUUAAGAUGAUCAGUGAUACAACAGAACUGAUACAAGCACUAGAGUAUGAGGAUGAAUAUUCUGCUGUAUUCCUUAUUAAAACAGCAUCCACACCUGCUGCCAUACUGAACGCUGAAAUAGAGAACACUGAAUAUACCAAUACUGAAUAUGUACAAUAAAUUAUAAAAAAACAGAUUCGAUUUUUUUAAUUUAAUUACAAUUUAUUUUAUCUAUGACCUUGGCAUUUUAAGGGAACUCAAAUUUUGUUUAUACAGAACUUUGUGUAGCCUUAUAUCAAUGUCUAU